ACACCGUACUACACAGACGCUGGUAACGGUACCGAUAACGUUAUUAAUACGAAUAACGAUAUUUUCCGGAAUUUAGUUAUGUGAUAGUGAAAGUGAAAAUUGUGCAUAAUAUACUUGUUUUUGGUUUCAUGUGAAAUGUAAAGAGUUCGAUUGUUCCGAGCUCCGUCCUCGAAGACACACUAGCUAUGUGAAGAUGUAAACAUGCUUCUCAAUAUUUGUAAAUCCUGUCAGUACUGUUUGGAGACAAUGUACUGGACAUGCUGCGAAGAAAGGUUUUGCUUCGACAAGAAAAUCGCUACUUAUAAGCUCGAAGAUGACACGCUCUACACAAACGGCUAUGCCAACAUGGGUGCUAGUUUGGACAGCGUGGUCACACAGCAGCCGAUCAACAAUAACCAUCUGCCUCAACAAGCGAUCAUAAGUCGGGAGAUUAAUGAACUACCGCUACAUGCUGAUAAGUUGUAUGAGGUAUUCUCCAAAUCACUGAUAUUCAGAGAUGAUCACGAAUUGAAGAAAGCCAGCACAAACACGUUAGACGAAUUGGAAACUAAAUCGGAACCGGACUAUUUAUCAGACAAGCCAAAUAGAACAAAAGUGUACUUUGAAGAUGAAGUUGAUUCACCAGUCACAGACUUCGAAAUAAUGUUCAAAGACGAACUAUUGGCCGCAUAUGACAUGUUUAAAAUUGAAGAAGAAGAGGAAGAUACUAAGAGUCAAGACACUGAAGAAGGUCUAACUAUGAACGUAUCUGUGAAAAAGCAAGACGUUAUAAAACCAAGCACUGUCACUCUCAAGGAUGAAACAAAGAUAACAAAACAGACACCGAUAUAUCAAUACGAUCCCGUUUCAGUACUAGCUUUGCCCACAACUCUUACGUUACCUAGAGUUGAAAGUGUGAAGGGGAUACUAAGAACCAACAGUGCUAAGACGUUAGACAGGAUUGAUAGUUCAACCAAAUUAAGACCAACAUUGAACAGAGUUGAAAGUCUAAAGAAUAUAGACCCAAAUAAAAUCAACAAAGUGCUAGCAAGAGUGCCGCAUAGAAGCGCGUCGUUCUUAAAUAUUCCUGCUCAUUUAACACCAGAAAAACCACCGCUAAUAAAGAGCAAAUCAACAGUUGGAGUUCCGUCUUUAGCUGACAGUGAUUUAAAAUUAAGUUCCUUACCAGACACUCCUAUAAUAAGAAGUAAUAAUUUGCCAAGAUUUUUCGCAGACACGCCUCCCCCUAAAGCGGAAUAUAAAACGGAAACAAGCCUGCAAAGUAUUAAACAGAAAACGGCGUUGAUGUUCAAAGAAAAUGAUUUUAGUAUGCCCAGGUAUUAUGGUACUGUUAAGGCUACAGAAUUAACAGUACAUGAGAGCAAGUCUAUGCCUGAUUUGAGAAAUCCGCAUUCAACCGGUAAAGUUAGUAAGAGAUUGGUCAAAUUGCGAAGUAGAUUGAAGCCAUUGGUUAUAAGAAAGAGCUCGGAGGAGAGACUUUAAGUAUUUAAUUGUUGCCAAUUUUCGUUUUAAAAAUUUACCAAGGAAUUUUCUGGACAAUUAAAAUAAUAUUAUGUUAAAGGUUGUCAGUAAUUUAAAGUUGGACUAAACACGAAAGUUUUACAGUAUUUUUCAUUAGACAUAAUAUGUAUUUGACUGGCGUAAAUUGUGAUUUUCAAAUAUGUUUCAACGUUUCUGUUAUAAUUUUAAUAGAUUAUUUAUGUGUUACCAUGAAAUAAUGUGAUACAAUUAAAACAAUCUCUUUUUUUCACUAAAGAGUGUGUGUUUGUGCUUCUUUAAUUCUAAUGAAAUUUAAUUCAUUAAAAAACUACAAAUAAUUUGCUCUCGGGUUUUUCUUAUGACAUAUUAUUUCUAUACAAAUGUGUACUUACUUCGACAUAAACAGUAUUGUAUUGCUCAAAUACCAUGUGAUUAUUAAAUAAGAAAAAUAAGAUAAAAUUGUACAUCUUCAUAGUUGUAAUUUCUAGUCAUGUUAUAAUCGGUAUUAAAAUAGAUUAACGUACUUAAUAUCUUGACUUCUGUAAAAAUUGACAUAAUAAAGUAAGAGAUAAGAUAUUUAAAAUUGUUAAACACAGAUCUGUUAUGAAUUGUGGUGAAAUAAAAGUAUUUAAUUUAUCAA